CCAAAUUGCAAAUCAAAACAAUAAAACAAAAUGGAAAUUAAAACACUUAUAUUUGUGAGUUUUUUGCUUACCUUCGCAGCAACAGUUGCCAAUGCUAACGUGGGACUUGCUGUGUAUCAUACUCAUAAUACUCCGUCGGCUUGCUUUGGGAGCCGCGACGACGGACCAUAUAUAACGGGGGUGAGUGCUGCAUUGUGGAACAGAAGAGGAGCUUGUGGAAGGGCUUACAGGGUGACUUGCAUAGGAGCAGCUAAUUUGGCACCUCACCCCUGCAAACAAGGUACCAGCGUUGUCGUUAAAGUUACUGACUUCUGCGCUAGUUGUGCAGGUGAUCUUAACCUUUCUCAAGAAGCUUUCAAUUCCAUUGCUGAUCUUAGAGCUGGCAAAAUUCGUGUUCAAUACGAUCCAUUAUAAAUUUGGACGAAAAGAUCAUAUCAAAAGACUGAAGAACAAGGAUGUCAAACAAGAGUCUAUGCUGUCUAGUUUAUAUUGGAUUAUUACUAGAAAAUAAAUACGUGAAAGAAUCCUAACAUAAUGUUUGUAAUAGUAUGAAGUUAUUUAAGGAAUUUACUCUUCGAGUUCAAUACAACCUAAAACUAUAUUUUAAGUCGAAAUUUCUGAGUGCAGAUUUUAUAUAAAUAUUUUGAUUUAAGCAGAACCCUACAUUUACUAGCAGUGUAGCAAACUAGUGAAUUUGUCAAUCUUUACUCAAACACAAUCUAUGACCUGCAUCCAACAGUAAAACAAACCAAAAACAAAGAAAAAUAUAAUCAAUCAAUUAAGUAGAGAAGCAGUAGACUACCAGGGGAUUUUUCCUCAAAUUCACUCUUUUUAUUGAAUGUAUGUAGAAUUGUCAUUCUCAAUUUUUACUUUGAACCUGAGAAUAAAAUCCUAC